AUGCUUAAGGCUUAUAACGCCGCGAUAAACUUCCCCCCGCUCCAAACUCCCCGACAGCGGAGAGUCGCAAACUAUAUUAAUGUACCAUCUUACAAAUCAGCGUACAAUAGCCCACGAGUUACCAUCAAUGUCAGCGGUAUGCGCUUUGAAACAUACGAGGAGACCUUGGGGAAUUUUCCAGACACGCUGCUCGGCUCUCCAUCUAGACGUAUGGAGUUCUACAGCUCUGCACUAGGUGAAUACAUUUUCGCUCGAGACAGGCAAUCGUUCGACGCCAUUUUAUUCUUUUACCAAUCGCGCGGUAUUCUUGCCAAACCGCCAACGGUCAGUGAAGAAACAUUUAUGCAAGAAAUUGAGUUCUACGGUUUGCCCGGCAGUUAUUACUCGGACAGCUACGAGGAUUUGUCAGCCUCGCAGGAUGAUGUGGAAGAAAUUUUACCUCUUAGUCCACACAAGCGAAAGCUUUGGCUGUGGUUUGAGUAUCCGCGGUCUUCCAAAACCGCGCGGAUUCUUGCACUUUGGGCGAUUUUCGUCAUUGUUUUUUCAACUGUUGUAUUCUGUAUCGAAACUAUUCCAGCGCUCGCGCUCAAACCGAAGACAACUUACCGGAACGUUAGCAUAGGCGGUCAUUACACCCGUGUGCCUUUCAAAGAGCAUAUUGUCGAUUACUGGUUUGUUAUGGAGGGGAUAUUCGUUGCAUGGUUUACAAUUGAGUACUCUGUUCGUCUUUACUCAGCGCCAGUCGUUUGGCAUUUUGUCAAGUCCACAAUGGGGAUUUUAGACGUACUAGCCAUUAUGCCGUUCUAUGUAACCUUAGCGUUUCAAAACAGCACUGAGGAAGUGCGCUCUUUCGCCGUGUUACGCGCAAUAAGAUUAUUUAGAGUUCUACGUGUUUUUAAACUCUCCAGAUACAGCGACGCCGUUAAGUUAUUAGUCAACACUAUAUACUCCAGUGUAGAGCAGCUUAAGACGUUAGGAUUUUGCAUCAUAGUUGCAGUCGUGGUAUUCUCCAGCGCAAUUUUCUACGCCGAAGGAGAUCCAAACAUUGCUAGCAUUCCAGACGCCUUUUGGUGGACGAUAAUCACCAUGACAAGUGUAGGUUAUGGCGAUGUGGUUCCUAUAACCCCCCUGGGGAAAUUUGUAGGCUCUUUUUGCGCCAUGAGUGGGGUGGUACUGUUCUGUCUCCCCACACCGGUUCUGGUGUCUAAUUUUGUUAGGUUUUACCUUAAUUACGGAGAUCUUACCGAAAGGAAGCGAGCUUUUGCUCAUAAUUUAAAACAGUUAUUCCUCAGAUCAAACAAAUAAGAGGGGCGUUUUGCUUCUCUACUGAUACGGUCGGUUGGGGGUAAAAUUUAUGCAAUGCUCUGUUAAUUAUUUAUUUAUCCAUUUAUCCAUCCAUCCCUUAGUAGAGCGUCUCAGUGGGUUGAUGGCUUUUACGCCUAACGGUGAAGAUUUUGGCCAUUUUGAAGCUAACGGUUGAUUUCUUUCUGUUCUAGUUAAAAGAGAAACAUUAACCACAACUUUCUUUACGAAUAAUGGUUAAAAUCUGUCAAAUUUUAGCCAAACGGUCAUUUAACUAUUAUUAUUAUUAUUAUUAUUAAAAUUAUUAUUAUUAUUAUUAUCAUCAUCAUUAUCAUUAUUAUCGUUAUUAUUUUUCCGUUUCAGAGCUAUCGGUUUACCCCAUUUAGGUCCUCUUAUUUCUUAGCUGUUUAUUUGUCUCCAUUCUUUUUUAUCUCAUUUUGAAUGCGACGUUAUCAGGUUACUGGUUCUUCAGCGCUGGGCGUAUCAUGAGGAUAUGAGAAUCAGAUAGAAUACCUGCAAUUAAAAUGUUAUUAAGUUGAAAAAUGUGGUCAACGAAAAGGCAGACUGAAGAAAAUUUAAUGAUUUUUUCGUGCUUUUAACGCCAAUUUUUGCUCUGAUGUGUUAAUUGCAGCUUUCAUUCCACUUGACAAUUCAUUUAAGAGUCAGAGGUUAAGUGUGGUCUCGUGCUAAGUAGCCCAUCCAGCUGGAGCUUAUCCCUGUUGCCAUAGCAUUAAGCAACCAGGAGUAUUAUUACUUCCCCCUGGUGAAAUUCGAUUUUUGUGCAUCUCUGGUAACCUCUCUUCGAGGCUUUUUCCAUCUGGCUUUCCUUAUUGUUCACCAGUACCCAUUUAUACCCCACCGCAAAGAGGGUCUUGUCGAGAGUGGCUCACGUGUAGUCGUACCCUCCCCCCCAAGGAGAAACUCUAUUUCACCUAAGGGGGGGGAGGGUACGGCUACACGUAGGCUAUACCGAGAGCAUAACGCAGUGACCUAGGUAAUACUCGAACCUAGACCUCUCGACCGCGGUUUCAACGCGCCAACUGUUCCGCGGUUAGGAUAUCCUGAAGAUGUGACAUUAUCCAGGAUUACGUGAACUUCCACAAAGGAUUUUUAUGCCCUCACCUACUUUCUUAAAUGACUAUCGUCUAUUUGCUGCUUUUUUCGUCGCUUUCACUCCGGGUUCGCGAUAUUGAAGCCCUUGCUCGACAAGAGGCCGUCCUGCACGUGUGAAAAGCUUCCAUUUUAUAUGGCCUACUAAAUCAACUUGAAAACAUGGAAUGAGCGACAGAGAACUUUAGGAUCUGGCAAGAAAACAGGCAGCGAUUUUGCAGAGGCCCUGCUACGUAACAUUUCGGAGCAAAGUCAAACAGAGUGACCGUUAGACGGGGAACCGUUUACGAUCGUUUGCAAGUCUUAUCCUGUGUAAGUUUUUUAAUGACCUUUCCGGCUCCUAGUAAAAUUAAUUUCUGGUGGUAAAUUUCCCCCAAUGAAAUUUAAUUCAGACAUUAAUUUCUCCAAAAUUUCAUCUUGGUAUCCGCUACCAUUUAAGCGUAUGUCUUGAAACACUGUAGCAGUUAGUAUCAAACGUGGAAUAUGUCAAAUUUUUUCUCGGAAAGCUUCCCCUUUUACAAAUUCUUUCCUCUCGUUUUUGUCCACUCCUGUGCCCAAGAAUAUAAUUUCUGAGUUUGGAUUUUCAGCCUCGAUUUUGAUCGUUUUAUGGUAGCCGUUUGCCUGUCUUUCAAAUCUUCUAAUUUAUUUUUAGUAGUGUUAUAGAUUUCUUCUAAAUUAGCGGAUUAGCUGCUUUCUGGGCAAUGACACCUGUUUUCUUUUUUACCCAUGAAAUAUUGAUAAAAGCUACGGCCGUUUUGGUACCCUUUGCCCUACGUGGGUUUGAGGGGAAAAUAUUGAGGUCCCGAAUCACAGGCGUCCCAAGCAAAGUAAACGAUUAAUUCAUAAAAGCGUCACGCGUUGUGUGAUUCGGUGCUAAGUCACGAGAGAAACCGUUGAGAAUUUUAACACGUUGUGAGGAAUUGUAUGGAGAACGAAAUAAGGUCGAUUUACUAUGAUAGAUAUUUCGAAAUAUGAACAUACUAUUCCUCAUAAUGUGUUUAAAUUCUCAACGAUUCUUCGCAAAACUUAACACCGAAUCACACAACGCGUGACGCUUUCCUAAAUUAAUCGUUUGCUUUUUCUCAAGACGUGAGCUUGGAACGCCUGUGCCCGAAUCAAAAUAACGACAAAGGCGCUAAAAACACACUGAUCAGGCGUGACCCUUUAAUAUAAAGCAAUAUGGUGCCUCUAAUGCUGCAUCGUAAUGCGCCAAUAGCAACAAACCAACGUGCUACAAAUAGCGACGCGUAAACAAUCGACCUCAUCGCCUUAUGAAGACUAGCUGUAUUCCGGUCGAAACGUCGCGAUCAACAUCCAAAGUGACUCCAUCGUGAGACAAUCUAAUAAAGUUCAUCUCCUAUCUUACACCACGAUGAACAAUAAACACAUAUUUUAUUAUAUGUCAGAUAUCGUCCUAAGCCACAUUUCACGGAGUCAACGGAGAGUGCACCUGCAGCUGCAUGCUGACCAAUGAUCUCUCAGGGACCUCACGAGCUGGUCAUGUAUCGAUUAGGGAGUUUAAAAAGACUAUGACUACUAAACCUCUUGCCAAAAGAUGCAGAAAAUCAAAAGAAAGGGGAUAAAAUGCAAAUAAAAAUUAAGGUGUUUUCAUUAUUCAUGGCCCCCAUCUAGACUAAAUUUGCAUCUCAAAAGAAACGGGAAGCUUUGUAGAACAAAGACGGAAUUAUCUGAAGCUGAGAUUCUUUUUUGAAGAGUACUUUAAAUAUCUGUAGUCUUCUUCUUCCUUUUUUUUUUCACCAAGAAGAAUCAAUCAGGUUUGAUAAAUCGCCGGCUCAAAAUGACACGCUAAGAUCACAAUUAUUUUCCUCAACAUCUUUAUUAUUUAUUCAUUUCUUAUGGCUAGUCUUUUUAAGGUAUAUAUAUUUUUAAAGGUAACUACGAAUGUUUUGUUUUGCACAUCGAGUUUUGAUUUGUAGUUCAAUUUUUCUGAAUCGACUCCCAAUAGAGUCAAUUACACCCAAUUGAGUUACGCUUGUCCGCCAACAAACCAAGCUGAAUGGAAAUCAACACUUAAAAUAAAUACUGCAGCGAUUAACAGAUGUGGAUAACUGUCUCCCAGAGGUUUUGCCAGACUUAAACAUCUCUCUUUGAGUGAAUCCGUGUUUGAAAACAACCUCUGGGCUUGUGCUCCUCAUUGA